AAAUAUCAUGAUCAAAUUUUGACAAUAAAUUUUAUCCUCAUAACAAAAAUGUAAUAAUUCUUGAUGCAAAAUGGUUAAAAGACGUAAUCGUCUUUUUCUUUGGAUUCUGGGACUUAUCUGUGCUCUUCCAGCUAGUCUAUUCAUUUAUUAUCAUCUUCAACUAGAAUCAAAAAAUAGUAUAAACUUUUUAGGGUUUAGUGACCGUGAAAUGAAACUAGCUGAACGUGUAAAAGAUGCUGAACAACAGAAUCAAUUUCUUCAACGACAGCUUAAAAUUUCACGCCAACGUUUGGAGAACGUUUUGGCCGAAGUCAAACAUAAUCAGAUGCGAUCAUCAUCAAAAGAAACAUUAAACAAGCAAAAAGUAUCGACAAUCAAUGAGCGAAAACUUUUGACAAACUUAUCUUCACACUUGCCUUGUGAUCAUCCUAGUGAUAAUAAAAACAAUCAAGAUAUAGUUUCUAAAUGCGAAGUCAUCGAAGUAGCAAUCGUCUGUGCUGGAUAUAACUCUUCGCGGUCAUUAGUUACAUUAAUCAAAUCUAUCUUAUUCUAUCGAAAAAAUCCUCUUCAUUUUCAUUUCAUAUCCGAUCAGAUAGCGCAAAAUAUUUUGCAAACUUUAUUUCAAACUUGGUCAGUUCCCGAAGUUGAAGUUAACUUCUAUCUAACAGAUAUGCUUCAAUCUGAUGUCAAUUGGAUUCCUAAUAAACACUAUUCUGGAGUUUUUGGCUUAAUGAAGCUUGUUUUGCCAAAAAUUCUUCCUAUAUCAUUGGACAAAGUAAUUGUUCUUGAUACCGAUAUCACUUUUGCAACGGAUAUUGCCGAAUUAUGGAAGUUGUUUUCGAAAAUGUCAACUGAAUCGAUUGCUCUCGUAGAGAAUCAAUCCGAUUGGUAUCUGGGAAAAUUAUGGAAAAAUCAUGUGCCAUGGCCAGCACUAGGACGAGGAUUCAACACCGGUGUAAUGCUUUUUCGAUUGCAACGACUUCGCGAUUUCAAUUGGUCAGCUAUCUGGAAAAUAGUGGCAGAAAAAGAACUUCUAUCAAUGCUUUCAACUUCAUUAGCAGAUCAAGAUAUAUUUAAUGCUAUCUUUAAACAAUAUCCUCAAUUAGUCUAUCGAUUACCUUGUCAAUGGAAUGUGCAAUUAUCGGACAAUUCACUUUCAGAUUCAUUAUGCUAUACCGAAGUUCAAGAUUUGAAAAUCAUACAUUGGAAUUCACCAAAAAAACUUAAAGUCAAAAAUAAACAUUUAGAAUUCUUUCGUAAUCUUUACCUAACAUUUCUGGAAUAUGAUGGCAAUCUUUUGCGAAGAGAAUUAAUGGGCGGAUGUCCUUCAACACCGACCUCUAUGUCUGCUGUUAAUAAUUCAAAUAAUUUAAUCAUUAAUCGUCAAUCAUUACAACCAAGUGAUGAUGAUGAUCCUUGUUAUGAGUUUGAUCAUGCUCAAUCAAUUCAACAUCGAACGCAUCUUCAUUAUAUCGAAUUCGAAUAUGAACCGUCGCCAGACGGUAAUGAUGUUACACUUGUUGCCCAGCUUUCUAUGGAUCGCUUACAGAUGGUCGAAGCUUUGUGUGAACAUUGGGAAGGACCAAUUUCUUUAGCCAUGUACAUGUCGGAUUCGGAAGUUCAACAAUUUCUUGGCUAUCAUCAAAAUUCUAAAACCCUUUCGGAAAGAAAAAAUAUUGGAUAUCAUAUUGUAUAUCGAGAUGGACCAUUCUAUCCGAUAAAUAAAUUAAGAAAUGUAGCUAUAGAACAAGUUAUUACGCCAUAUAUUUUUCUCACUGAUAUCGAUUUUCUCCCUAUGUACGGCCUAUAUGAUUAUCUCAAACGUUCAAUCGGAUCUAUCGGUUUGGGUUCAUCUUCAAGUCCAUUGGAUCAGUCAAGUUCAUCAAACAUUCCUAAACGUGCCUUGAUUGUACCAGCUUUUGAAACACUUCUUUAUCGUAUACAAUUUCCGAAAACGAAAGCCGACCUCAUUCAAAUGUUGAACAUUGGACAAUUAUUCACAUUUCGUUAUCAUGUUUGGACCAAAGGACAUGCACCAACAAAUUUUGCCAUUUGGGGUCAAGCGACCACACCGUAUCGAAUAAAAUGGGAACCUGAUUUUGAGCCAUAUAUUGUUGUACAUCGUGAUGUUGUUCGUUAUGAUACACGAUUUGUUGGAUUCGGUUGGAAUAAAGUAUCGCACAUCAUGGAAUUACAUGCACAAAAUUAUGAAUUUAUUGUUUUACCAAACGCAUUCAUCAUUCAUAUGCCACAUGCACCUAGUUUUGAUAUUGCUAAAUAUCGUUCAAAUUCAAAUUAUCGUAAAUGUUUGCAAACAUUGAAACGAAAUUUCAUUAUGAAUCUAUCGAGACGCUAUGGACAAAAAAUGGCAGCCAUUCAUUCUUUGAAUCCUAAAGCUGAAAUCGCUCGUCAUUCACAAGCAUUGGCUGUGAAUAUAAGUGGUGCCCGUGGUCUACAAGAAGUUCUUCGUACUAAUCUUGGUCCUAAAGGAACAAUGAAAAUGUUGGUCAGUGGAGCAGGUGAUAUUAAAAUUACUAAGGAUGGAAAUGUUUUGCUCCAUGAAAUGCAAAUUCAACAUCCAACCGCUUCAUUAAUAGCAAAAGCAUCGACGGCUCAAAACGAUGAAACUGGUGAUGGAACCACUUCAACUGUAUUGAUUAUCGGUGAAUUGUUGAAGCAAGCCGAAACCUGGAUUAGUGAAGGUGUCCAUCCACGGGUCAUUGCUGAUGGUUAUGAUCAAGCCCGUAAAAAGGCAAUCGAAUUUUUGGACCUUUUCAAAUUUCCGUUCAACGAAACCGAUCAGGAAUUGAUGUUAAGCGUUGCUAAAACUGCACUUAAAACGAAAGUUGCAGCUCCGAUUGCUGAAAAAUUAGCAAAAAUUUGCGUGGAAGCUGUUUCACAUAUUCACAAACCAGGAAAACCGAUUGAUUUGUUCAUGGUGGAAAUUAUGCAUAUGCAAUGUAAAACAGUCGAAGAUACCACUUUGAUUAAGGGUUUGGUACUGGAUCAUGGUGCUCGUCAUCCAGAUAUGAAAAAACGGUUGACCAAUGCUUAUAUUCUUACUUGUAAUGUUUCUCUUGAAUAUGAAAAAACGACUGUUCAUUCUGGAUUUUUCUAUAAAACGGCAGAAGAACGUGAAAAGAUGAUUGCUGCUGAACGAAAAUUUAUCGAAGAUCGAUGCCAAAAAAUAAUUGAUUUUAAAAAACAAGUUUGUGGUGAUGACACCGAAAAAAAUUUCGUCGUAAUCAAUCAGCAAGGCAUUGAUCCUAAUUCAUUGGACAUGCUAUGUCGUGCCGGAAUCACCGCUCUUCGCAGGGCCAAACGCCGAAACAUGGAACGAUUAACUAAAGCAUGUGGUGGCCGUCCUGUUAAUUCGCUUGAAGACCUUACUCCGGAUUGUCUUGGUCAUGCUGGUUUAGUUUAUGAGCAUACUUUAGGCGAGGAUAAGUUUACUUUUGUUGAAGAAUUAAAAAAUCCUGAAUCAGUGACUAUUUUGAUUCGUGCACCUCAUAAAUAUCAAAUAACCCAAAUUAAGGAUGCUCUAUAUGAUGGAUUGAGAGCUAUAAAAAAUACCAUUGAAGAUAAAGCUUUAGUCCCUGGUGCCGGAGCUUUUGAAAUCGCCCUGCAUGCUGAAUUGUUAAAAUUUAAAAAUCAAGUUGUUGGUAAAGCCCAAUUAGGUGUACAAGCCUUUGCUGAUUCCAUUUUGGUCAUACCAAAAACUUUGGCAUUCAAUUCAGGAUAUGAUCAACAGGAGGUGAUUCUUAAACUGUUGCAUGAAUAUAAUGAUAGUAAAUUACCCGUUGGAAUCGAUCUUAACACUGGUGAAGCUUUUAAUCCGAUUGCAGCCGGCGUUUUCGAUAAUUAUCGUGUUAAAAGACAAUUGAUAUUUUCUUGCACUUCGAUUGCCUGUAAUAUUUUGUUGGUAGAUGAAAUAAUGCGUGCUGGAUUAACAUCGUUAAAAACUGGACCGAAGAUGGGCUAAAAAAUUUUUAUAAAACAUUUAUAAUUUUUGCAAAAAUUAUUACUUAAUAAAAUGAAUGAAAUCAAAUAA